UCUUUACUUUCGUAAAUCAUACUUGUCUUGUGGUGCAAGAGGUGAAGUGACUACUAAGAAUUCUCUGAAUUCUAAAUAUUUUAUUUCAUUUAGUGAAUAAAUUCUACAAAUAAAAAUGGCUCCUCCAUACUAUGCUGAUCUUGGAAAGAAGGCCAGUGAUGUCUUCUCCAAGGGAUAUCACUUUGGAGUCUUUAAACUGGAUUUGAAGACCAAGAGCGAGUCAGGUGUUGAGUUUAGCAGUGGCAUCACCUCUAACCAAGAAAGUGGAAAGGUCUUUGGUAGUCUUUCAUCUAAAUAUGCAGUGAAAGACUAUGGCCUUACAUUCACAGAAAAGUGGAACACUGACAACACAUUGGCCACAGAUAUUACCAUCCAGGACAAGAUAGCUGCUGGCCUUAAGGUUACACUUGAGGGUACUUUUGCGCCACAGACCGGAAGUAAGACUGGUAAAUUGAAGACAUCAUUUUCCAAUGACACUGUUGCUGUCAAUACAAACUUAGACCUUGACUUGGCUGGACCUCUUGUGGAUGUUGCGGCCGUUCUCAAGUACCAGGGAUGGCUCGCUGGUGCACACACGCAGUUUGACACACAAAAGGCUAAGUUCUCCAAGAACAACUUUGCCUUUGGUUACCAGACCAAUGACUUUGCUUUGCACACCAAUGUUGAUAAUGGCAAGGAUUUUGGUGGAUCUAUCUACCAAAAGGUAUCAGACCAGCUUGAUUGUGGUGUCAGCAUGAAGUGGACUUCUGGUUCCUCAGACACACUGUUUGGUGUUGGAGCUAAGUUUGCUCUGGAUCAGGAUGCUUCUUUGCAUGCUAAGAUCAACAACAAGUCUCUCAUUGGUCUUGGCUACCAGCAGAAACUUCGCCCAGGCGUGACUCUGACGCUCUCUGCCGCUAUCGACGGCCAGAACUUUAAUGCUGGAGGCCACAAAGUCGGCGUUGCCCUAGAACUUGAACCCUAGGCAUUUAAUCAAGCCAACUGCUUUUUAGUUUUGUAGAUAAAAUACAUAACACUUUACAAUUAUCGAGAAAACGUAUGUUAUAAAUCAAGUCAUACAUUUGAAUGCAUCUGCUUUACAGUAUUCUGAGCGUGUAACGCUACAUUUAAAAACUCUUUCUGUUUCAAUUUAGUGCCAUUCAAUAUAUUAAAUAUAUCGGCAAUGAGCGCUGUCCUAAUCUUUAUUAGCGUUCUUUCAUUAUGUGUGUUUAAGACAUGCUGUAUACCAUGAAACUCAUCUGAUUCAAUUUUAUUUUUUCGAAUUAACUUUAUUGAUAUCAGCUGUUUCAUCUUGUAAAUAAACACCUAUGGUGUGUCCUAUUGAUUGAUUGAGAAUAAAAUGAAUAGUCUGUUGGAAA